AUGCACAUGGACUCGCAGCACGAAGCUGCCGUCACUGCUGCGAUGCCGUGGCUGCACCCCUUAACCAACGCCAUGGUCAGCUCGCCUACCUCAGCCACUAUGGCGACCUCAGUGCCUGUGUUUGGAGGCAACUUACCGGCGGCCGCAUCCUCCUCGUCUGGGUGCCGACAGAAACGAAUGCUGCGCAGCCGUUUCAGCAAACCCUGUCCUUCACCGCCGCCCUCCGCGUCCUACACAUCACAGCAGCAGCAGCAGCAGCAGAGGCAGAGGCAGAAAGACCUUCAUUAUCACGGCGGCGGCGGCGGUCGGCGAGACGCGCAACUGAAACGGUUUACCGAGCCAAGUGCAUCUGAAGCAGCGAUGUCAACAUCAAAGGUGGCACCUCAGCGUCCUUGUCGUGAGGGUCGCAGUAGCAGGAACAACGGUGGUGGUGGUGGCGGUGGCGUUGCCGCAGGAGUGUUCACAGAAGAGAGCGCAGCGCAGAACGCAGUCGACCCACAUGCGCAGCUCGCCAAGUCAUCAACUGCAGGUUGCACCAUCACUGCUAACAAUGACGACACCGAAGCGGACUCUUCUUCCUCCUCGCUUCUGCCGCCCCAGCAGCAGGGCCAGCGACAACAACAACCGAAUCGCCUUAACCGCACGAGGGGCAAGCGCGACUCCAACCUGCGCGCAGCACGAGCCUGGGCGAGCACGCAACUAUGGGAGGAAGUAGAGCAAAAACAGCAGCAGGAGCGGAAGCAGCGCAGGCAGCUGCAGCCACGACAGGAUCGCCGCCGCAUGGCUGCGCGAGGAAGGGAGGGCUCAGUUGAGACGGGCGCUACCAAGCACAAUGCAGCUAACGAAGAGGGUGAAGUAGUGGGCGACGUGCAGGGUGCAGCUGCCGCCUCGGAAAUGGUGGCGGCAAUCGUUGUGUGUAAACCACGUAACGAUUGUCGGCUCUCUUCGCUGCCUGCCACUGGCACGCGACGAGUCACACGCCAAUCCGAAAAGAACCCGACAGCGACGCCAUCACGGCGGCCUGCAGCCACGGAGGGCGGCGCUCGCUCUCGACAUCGUCGCCGCCUCAGUCCAGCACACCCGGUGGCGUCGUCGCCGGCGGUGUCGCGGGAAAGCUCCAUCAACGAUGCGGUCGGCGACGCCGCUGCUGAUGAAGAGCUGCAGCCCUCGCCAACAACAUCGCACGCAGCACAUGACGACGACGCGACCGCUCCAGAGGAUGCCUCGCGCCCGUUUCUCCAUGCGACCAACAGGCAGUCUCGGAAGCAAAGGCGUACGCUAACCACUGUACAGCAGCACCCAUCAGGGCUCGGUGUCACAACGGUGAUGGCCCCGGUCACCGCCUUCGGCGUACAUCCGCCGCCGCCACUCUUCAUACCGCAGGACCCCAUCAUCGUGGCCCAGCAGGUGAGUCACACCACCCACGCCGUCGUCGCCGAGUCUGCACUUCCCGCCCUACCACCGAGGGUGAUGAGGCUCCCCGAAUUCUCUUCGGCGAACGGGUCUGUCAUGGAUCCGUGUGUGGUGGCAGCCGUCCUUCCCAUGUCAGCAGGCUCAGCAGCCCAUGCUGUCAAGCCUGCGGUGCUGCACUGCGGCUGGGCGAAUGACACAACGGCUGCAUUCACUUCCGGUCCUCCAGCAGUGGACCCGUCGCAUCCGCUGCCACCGCAGCAGCAGUCUGAGGAAGAUAAGCAGCUCAGCCGUCGCGGUUUGCGCCUUGGCGCUGUCCCCUUCUACCCUGCAACCACCGCAAGGCUGAGCCUCGCCACGACCUUAGCAGCAGGCACCAACCCUGGUGGCACGCCAGUUGCAUUGCUCGCAACCGCCGUACCUAGCCCACAGUCAUUACUGGAGAGCCACAGCACGUCGCCGCCGUCAAUCCAGCCGGAUUCUUCGCCGUUUGGGGACAGCAUGACCAACCGCAGUGGAAGCACCACCUGGGGUCUCAUGAGCAGACAGAGCACCUUCGCGACGGCGUCGGGUACAACAGCGGGUACACCGUGGACGCUCACAGUAUCCGCCACCUCCUUCUCCUCGCCGCCCUCAUCGAUAGGGCGAGAUGACACAGACGGGGACGUCCCUUGCAGCAGCACACCUUCGGUGCCCCUCAAAUCGCCGGCCCGUGGACUCGCCACCACUGCGAGCAACGCAGAGCCGCAGAGCGUCACGGUGGAUCGCCCUGCCAUGCGGCGCAGGGCGCUGAUGGUGACAAACACAGCCACUGGCGCGCGCGUGUCGCCAGUGGCUGUGACGACACCGUCUGGCUCGCCGACUGCACUGUGGAACGGCGGCGGCGGCAGCGGUAACGGGCCACAGGCGCGAACGAGUAAGCAAGGCAGUGGCGUAAGCUCUCUCUCCGCUGGUGCCGGCUAUUACACUGGCGUUCAUUCGGGCACCACAACCCAUUGCGUCACUGUACAGGAGUUCCCCCAGGCCCCGUACCCGGCCGUGAACCGCACUACAGAACCUCAUCAGCCACAACAGCACCCCAUGCGCAGCCCAGGAUUACUGACUGAGAGCGAUCUGGACUUCGUCCAGCACAAUCGUGUGGCAGUGUCCGACGUGGUCGCCAAGGACGAGGGCACGCUCGUCGACACGCUCUUUGCCGACGUCAACAUGAUCGAAGACGACGAGAGUGAGGUGGACGGCGACGAUGUGCUCAGCAGCUAUGGUGGUGAACGCUGGUGCAUGCAACCCGUGCUGUCGUCCGAAGCUUCCUGUGACGGCUCGCCACUUGCUGUCUCGUCGCCUGAUGCCCUCACCCCGCACUCGAUGAACCAGCAGCUGCAGCACUUCCCCAGGUCCAUCUCUGCCGGGGCACGGAUACUCGGCAAGGAAGCCGGCGGGCAGGUCUUCGGUGGUGGGUACUGGUAUCCCCCGAGUCCCUGGACCAGCGCGGACGCGGCUGGCCGAGGUAACGGCAGCGGUGGUGCUGGCAUAGCCUCGUACCGCGUUGGUGCCGGCGAUGUCAAGGCCAGUGGUGCAGUGGCGUGGCGUGAGUUAUCCACCCCACCGCUCCGACAUCGGGGCUUCUCUGCGAGCUGCGCGAGCGUUUCGUCGACCAUGUCGCUCAUCGACCCGAAGCAGCCACAGGCCGAGGGCGCCGUGUACGACACGAUGGGCGAGGACAAUGAGUGGGAGAUGAACAGCAGCGCCUAUGCCGACAGCCUCGAUGAGGCGCAGAUCCAGUGGAUAGAAGAGCAGCUCAGGGCGACGGAGAACCCGGCCGGGUACUUCUAA